GGUGCGCAUCGCGCCAUGGCCGCCGCGCUCCGGCCCCUCCGCGCCCUCAGCCGCGCCGCGCUGGAGCCCCGCGACCGCCGCCUGCACCUCAGCGCCGCCCGGGGGGACGCCGUGGUGAUCUCGGGGCGGAAGCUGGCCCGGCAGAUCCGGCAGGAAGCGCGGCACGAGGUGCAGCAGUGGGUGGCGGCGGGGAACAAGAGGCCCCACCUGAGCGUGGUGCUGGUGGGGGAGAACCCAGCCAGCCACUCCUACGUCCUCAACAAAACCAAAGCGGCGGCUGACGUGGGGAUCAGCAGCGAGACCAUCCUCAGGCCGGCUUCCAUCACUGAGGAGGAGCUGCUGGAUUUGAUUGGAAAACUCAACAACGACGCAGCCGUGGACGGGCUGCUGGUGCAGCUUCCCCUGCCUGAGCACAUCGACGAGCGCAAGGUCUGCAACGCCGUGAGCCCGGACAAGGACGUCGACGGCUUCCACGUGAUCAACGUGGGCCGCAUGUGCCUGGACCAGUACUCCAUGCUUCCUGCCACGCCCUGGGGCGUCUGGGAGAUCAUCAAGAGAACAGGAAUCCCAACGCUGGGCAGGAACGUGGUGGUGGCAGGCAGGUCCAAGAACGUGGGGAUGCCGAUCGCGAUGCUGCUCCACACCGACGGCAGCCACGAGCGGCCCGGAGGUGACGCCACGGUGACGAUCUCGCACCGCUACACGCCCAAGGAGCAGCUGAAGCAGCACACGAUCCGUGCGGACAUCGUGGUGGCAGCCGCAGGCAUCCCCAACCUGAUCACAGCCGACAUGAUCAAGGAAGGAGCCGCCGUGAUCGACGUGGGGAUCACGAGGGUGCAGGAUCCCGUCACUGCCAAGCCCAGGCUGGUUGGGGACGUGGAUUUUGAAGGGGUGAGGAAGAAGGCGAGUUACAUCACGCCGGUGCCUGGCGGCGUGGGGCCCAUGACCGUGGCCAUGCUGAUGAAAAACACCAUCAUCGCUGCCAAGAAGCUGCUGAAACCCAAAGAGCUCGAGGCUCUCCCUGCCUAAGGAGGGCCCCUCAGAGCUGGGCCUAACGAGGGCCUCUGCCUUUCAACAUUCCAGACUGACUCCUGAACAGGCCGAUAGAAAAUGCAAUAUUUUUAUUUAUUGUCUGGCAUGCGGGGCUCUUUCCCUGCCCGGAGGUCACAGGUAUUUAUUGGAAGCUCGUGCAGAGCUGGGAGUAUCCACACUCCUCCCGAGGCAAUCCUGUGGGAUGCGCAGCGAUGGCCUCGAUGGUUCUGUUCUCACAAUCCCAGCUCCUGGCGUUCCCGAGUUCCUCCUCUGUGCUGGAUGUUUAGUUUAAGCUCUUCUGUAGAAGAAUUACUUGAAGAAAAAAAACCAGUUGAAGAAUUGAAGCCAUAUUUGUGUGCUGGGCCUGAGCAGGCCCUGGCAGGGGCAGGGCUGGUGUAACAAGUUCUAGUGUGCAGCUGGGCUGGGGUUUUUUUUGCUCUUUGCGUGGUGAAUUUUUUUAAAAGCCUUUUUUUCCUAACCAAAGAAUACCUGGGGGAGGGAGGGGGGUGGUUGGUGCCCACACAGGGCCUGGGGGAGGUGUCCUGCACUGUGUUGUAAAGUGUGAGUGCUUAGUGACUAGUGUGGGCUGGCUAAAUAAAGUGUGAGAAGACAAAAAAUAAA